CAGAGAGACUGUCAUUCGCGCGGGUCUCCACCGUUUGUUGGUUCUCUUUUGGGGCUGCGGUCCGCCGGGCUCGCGGAGAUGAAAGGUCGCUUGGGUGUGGUGGUGCUGCUUGCCGGAUUAAGCGGCAUCGGCAGCUUCAGUUUCCUUGCCACCGCUAUCUGGAGCGAAUACUGGUACAUAAUUCAAGUGAACAAGCCAAACAUUACCGAUUCGGGUGAACUGGACUCUCAUUCCGGACUCUGGAACAAUUGUGAAGGCAAGAAUGCUUGUCAACCUCUCAUCUGUCCUUUCUCUGCAAAUACUACAAACUUACCUGAUCCUUGGAAACUUUUAAUUACAAUGCGUAAAGCAAUUGUCAUCCUUCUGCCACUCAGCCUCAUCUUGCUUGUGUUUGGAGGGAUUUUUGGUCUUGUUGGAUUUCUUUCAAAGAGUUUUAUCCUGUUGGUGGUCACUGGCUCCUAUUUCAUCAUUUGUAGUCUCUUCACUCUCUCCGGUGUCUCCAUUUAUAUCGCCUACUCCCAGCUGGCCUAUCAAGAAUCAGUACGCACCUUCGGUCCUCAGCGGUUCGCUUAUGUCAGCAUCAGUUUUGGCUGGUCGUUGGCUGUAGCCUGGCUGUCCUUUGCCAUGGAGGUCGUCACAGGGUUGUUACUGCUUAUGGCUGCAAAAAUCACCAGCCCUUAAAACUGUACUUCGUUCCAUCAAAAACUGGGGAUGAGCUUUCUGAAGACUUGAAUAUUUUGCCACAUUUGUGUUCAUGUAAACAUUAACAGUUCUGAGAUAUAUUUUGCUGCAUGUUACUCAGUUUCAUUUGGCAAUCAAAAGGUUUGUCAUGCAAAGCCGCACUCUCCUCUCCUCUCCUCUCUGAUCACUUGAGACUGGCAGUGAUUUGACAGGUCACUUAUUAUGAUAGCACAAUGAGGAGCUGAAAAAGACGUUAUUUUAUAGUGAUCCUGUUCUUAAUGGAAUAAUAGAAACUGAAAGGACUAUUUGCAUAGAUACAAGAUGACUUUAUGUGCCAAAGUGAAAUGCGCUAUACCUAUGUGCUGUUACUGUACUCCUUUACAUUUCAGGCUGCCUAUGUGAUUCUUUAAGCUUUGCCAAUUACAGAAAAGGGGUUUUAGAAAUUUUGAAAUGGUUUCUAAUUACAUUGAGGUACAGAAAAUACUCUGGGGUGUUUGCUUAUGAUAAAUUACGCUUAGUGAUAGCGGGUUAACUGUUAAUGCUUCAAUGCUGUAUACGUCAAUUGACUAUAAAAUGGACCAGUAGUGGCAUGUUACUGGUGUCUUAGAUGACUGAAGUAUCCUCUAUGGCAGGGGUCGCCAUCUCCAGUCCUGGAGGAUCACCGUGGCUGCAGGUUUUCAUUCUAACCCUUAUCUUAAUGAGUGACCUGUUU